AAUGAGCGGCGGUGCCUUUGGUGACGGUUCAAAUGUGGGAAUUGCCCUGGAUGUGGUUGUUGCUGAUGCUGUCCUGGGAAAAUGCCUUGAUGGGGAAUUAACACCAUUCAGUGAUGGGCUGUGGGACAAGCAAAGUGCUUCCCGAGCCCCCUAAAGAUGUGCAGCUGGAUCUGGUUAAGAAAGUAGAGCCUUACACGGGCCACAAUGACAUAUACAAGCAUUUCCUCAAGGACGACUGCGGGGCUGUCAUCAAAGCGGGCUCUCCCUCCCCUCCACGUCACGCUCACCCGUAUCCUGGGAACCACCUUCCGACUCCCAUGGAGCAGCCUGAGCUCCGCAAGAACAAGGUGGCCAAGUACCGUGCCAAAUUUGACCCCAGAGUGACGGCCAAGUACGACAUCAAGGCCCUGAUUGGAAGAGGCAGCUUCAGCCGCGUUGUACGGGUGGAGCACCGGGCUACCAAGCAGCCCUACGCCAUCAAGAUGAUCGAGACCAAAUACCGGGAGGGGAGGGAGGUGUGCGAGUCGGAGCUGAGCGUGCUGCGGCGCGUCCGCCACACCAACAUCAUCCAGCUUAUCGAGGUGUUUGAGACCCAGGAUCGCGUGUACAUGGUGAUGGAGUUGGCCACCGGAGGGGAGCUCUUUGAUCGCAUCAUUGCUAAAGGCUCCUUCACCGAAAGGGACGCCACGCGCGUGCUGCAGAUGGUGCUGGAUGGGGUCAAGUACUUGCAUACACUGGGUAUCACGCACCGGGACUUGAAACCAGAGAAUCUGCUGUAUUACCAUCCCGGAACAGAUUCCAAGAUCAUGAUUACGGACUUUGGACUGGCAAGUGCUCGGAAGAAGGGGGACGACUGCCUCAUGAAAACCACUUGCGGGACCCCGGAAUACAUAGCUCCCGAGAUCCUGGUCAGGAAGCCCUACACGAACUCCGUGGACAUGUGGGCUCUGGGGGUGAUCUCCUACAUCCUCCUCAGUGGCACGAUGCCCUUUGAAGAUGACAACCGCACCCGUUUAUAUCGACAGAUCCUGAAGGGAAAAUACAGUUACUCAGGGGAGGCCGCAGAUGAGCGUCUCCACGGCUCCUGGAGUCCCAUCCCUCCACAGGAGUGGACGUGUGGCUCUGUGCCCAGCCUCUGGUCGUGCCGAGAAAUCGGGAUCGGGAGGCAGCUCUUCCAGGGCUGCGGCCAG